ACUCACUUGACUCGUUAUGUGAUAAAUGAAUGGUUAAUAUAUUGGCAUUCAUUUGAUGUGACAUUUACUACACCUUUAAUCCAAUGAUUGAUUCAAUGGUUAAUUGGUUUUGAAAUGAGAUUUCAUUUAAAAGACCGCUAAAUACGAGACACAAAGAGGCUGUGAAUCCAUUUGAGACAUGACUUCACUCCAGAAGAAUCUAUUCUACAACACACUUGUGAGACAGUUCCGGAAGACAUACAGAGAUGCCAUCGACAAGUGUUACACCAUUUGUGUGCCAAUCAAUGAUAGCUACGAAUCCAAUGUCAUUAACGACCACUUUAUGAGCGCUCAUAUACUCAAAGCCUCGCCUUUACUUAAAUCUCAUUUCGUUGCCGCCAAUAAUAAGCAUAAUUUUGAUGUCGAAAUCGAUGGACAAACACUUCGGGUCACAAGAGUCAAUGAAAUGAUGAAAACAUAUCUAAUUUUACCCAAAUAUCUGGACGACGCUAAAGACCGGAUCAAAUGCAUCAUUGAUUGGGGAUAUGAGAAUUUCUCACAACUUCCGUCACUAUCGGGCAUAUCAUCAAACGAUUUACAAUUGGAUACAGCGAUCGAAACAGAAGAAUUGUCACAAAUGGAGGCCAAGACAACGCCUCUGGAAAAGCUGUAUUGUCUGCGAAAGACAUUGGAUUUAGUGACACAACAGAUGACAAAAUCAGUCGAAGAGAAGCACUUCCUUUUGCCCGUAAAGACUGAUCCGAUAUGUAUUAUGUCCGACGACUUAAUCGCUGCCGUAAUCUGUGUCUUAACUUCAGUGAAACCGAAACGUUUUGAAAGUGAAAUCAAUUUCAUUCAGACUUUCAGUUGGAAUUUACCGCAAAAUAAUGAAUUCGGUUACUCUUCGGUCACUUUCGAAGUCGUCAAAGAGUUUAUUAAAAACUAUGAUAUUAACCAAAAAUCUCACAAAACGAGCGCAAAAGGCGACACAAAAGGACACAAAAGUGAUGACAACAGUUCUGUGAACGCAAAACACUAUUCAAACAUGAGUUCACCACUCGAUCGGGAAUUGGAGAAAAUCUCUAAAAUGAUUGAUAUCUCAAGCAUUAGCACUGAUUCUAGUCAAUCGACAAAUGCUAACAACGAUUCCAACGAUGAUUUAGGAGAAUUCUUGGGUUCUUUGAAUCGGAACUCAUUCGGCGUUGGAUUUGGGAAACAAUACUGAUUUUAAGAUAUAAAUUAUAUAAUGUUUUUAUAAUAUAAGUUAAUAUUAUUUUUUAUAAAUUACUAAUGAAAUGAUUUUAUUUAUUUACAAAAUGUAUUUAUCUUUUCUUUCAAAAUAUCUCAUUUGAGCGGAACUGAAGACCUCUCCGACAGUUCUUUUUGUAAAUUUCUGUAUUAAAAGUUCUCUUUUAUCUA